AUGCCGGACAUAUUACAGCUAUAUGCUCGAGAAAAUGUUGGCAAAAGAACGAUAUUACCAUCGUCGUUCGUGGGCAGUCAUCGAGACAUGACUCAACAGUACGUGGAUGGAAUGGCUAUUAUUCUUAAAGAAGUGCUAAGGCAUAUGGUCCAUGGUCCUUGCAGAACACUAAAUCAAUCUUCACCGUGCAUGAAGAACGGUCAAUGUAAACGCAACUACCCAAAAGAGUUCAUACCAGAGACACGACGAGGUGAUGACUCAUAUCCUCAAUAUAGGAGACGAUUUGAUACUCCAAUCCCUAUAAACCAAAAUGUCACAAUUGACAAUAGAUGGGUGGUUCCGUACAACCCUUGGCUACUACUGAAGUAUGAUUGUCAUAUCAAUGUAGAGAUAUGUAGCAGUAUUAAGAAUAUAAAAUAUCUAUACAAGUAUUGUUAUAAGGGACCAGACCGUGUGGCAAUGGAGGUUCACAGAAGUUCUCAUUAUGAUGAGGUGCAACAGUUUAUUGAUGCAAGAUGGAUUUCCGCUUCAAAGGCAUGCUGGAGGAUAUUUAGAUUCAACCUUUACCGAAUGUACCCAUCAGUUGAAAGGUUGCAAGUUUAUUUUCCAAAUCAACAUCAAGUGAGCUUUUAUGAGCACCAAACUAUUUCUGAAAUAGUUAAUAAUGACUAUUUCUGA